AUGGCUUCCGUUUACCAGGUCUACCGCCGCGUGGGCGAAAAAUACUCUCAAAUCCUCCAACUGGUGGAAGAAACCCUCCCACCGUUGCGCGAAGGCGACGUUCUGAUCAAGAUACACGCCGUGUCCCUCGACUACCGGGACGUGAAUAUCUUGCGUGGAGGAAAUCCCUGGGCCGUGAAGAAGGACGGUAUUCCAGUCUCAGACGCCGCGGGAGAAGUGCUCGCUGUGGGACCAAGUGUGACUCGUAUCAAACUAGGUGACCGCGUCAAGCCUAUAUUCGACCAGAAGAACAGCCUCGGAGCCGGCGGCGUCAGCAUGAUGGCCUUGAAACUCGCUGCGAGCUCAGGCGCCGACUUGAUCCUCACAUCCUCCUCGGACGCGAAAUUAGAGCAGGUCGAGAGACUCUACGGCCUUGGCUCCGUCAAGACGAUCAACUACAAAACUUGCCCCCCGGUGGGAGGAAGAGGUUCUCAGCUCACCCACAAUGCUGGCGUGGAUAUCAUCAUCGAGAACGGCGGUGGGCAGAGUCUGCUGCAGAGUCUCAAAGCCACCAAGCACAGAGGUCACGUCAGCUGUAUCGGAUGCCUUGGAGGCACCAAGGUGGACAAUCGCAGCGAGUUUCUCCCCUUAUUGAUUGACCACAGUGUGACUAUGAGGUAG